UGUGAACGUUCGUUUAUUGUCAAUAGAGCUUAUUCAAUAAAGUGACAUAAAAUUGCUUAAAAUAAGAAAGUUAAAUUAUAAGAGAGCUGACUGGAAAACGUAGUAGCCAGAUGUGGCAAAAUUUUUAUUGUCUAUUUUUAGGCCUUUUUGUUGCCGAGUGUAACCGUGUCAAGUUACAACCAAGGCCUGGGAAAUGCAAUAAAACCUUUCUCGUAGCCUGCUAUGGAGAACUUCUAGGCCUCUCCCAGUACCAGGUGCACGGGUGCAGGUGUCUUCAGUAUAUCUACAAACGUUACGUCGCUGUCAAAUCAUUUACAUAUACAAUUCAGUACAGAAAAAUUUUCGAAUUUUAAGUAAAUGUAAAUGACGAUUUUCUGAUGAUAUUUUUAAGUGGUUAUAAUUUAACGCUUGAUUAAGUGGCCAACAUACUUGCACACGACCAACCAGCCAUAGACACAAGUUUAACUAACGUGCAUUGUAAAAAACAAAAGUUGAACGAUAGUGAUUACUUAAUGUUUUGAUAGGUAAAAGUAGUUACUGCAAUUAAUUUCUCAAGAGUCUUAACUAAUUAAUUAAAAAGCAAAUAGAAAACAGCUUCCUGUGUUGGGGUGUCGCCAAAGAUUGUGAAAGGAGAAGUAUUUGGAGUUUGGAGAAACUCUUAAAUCCGUGAACGAUUGUCGUGUAGACUAAGAUUACGUAAGUCAAGUUGAAACUCAAAGAAAUUUGGGGGGGUCCCCUUUUAGAUUGAGAAAGAAGACUUCAAUAUUAGCUAGAACUAGAGUUCUUGAACGUCCUGGUCCCUGUAACUCUCUUAUUAGCUUGGGGAUUGCUUUGUGCGUGGGACAUAUAUAAAAGCUUUUCAACUGAAGAUAUUGAGGCCCUUCUGAGGGAAAGAAGAUAUGGCUUCAACUGACAUUAAAGAUUACAUACAGGAAGGGGAAGUGGAAGAGAACGAUGAAGCUGCUGCGGGUUCGAGCAGAUGGUAUACCGCUCGUUCGAGGAGAUGGGAUACCCUUAAUUCUCCCCAACAAUCUCAAUGGCUUCAAACUACUCUUUCAGAUUUGGAUAACAAGACAAAGGCUAUGCUCGACAUAAUGGAAGAUGAUAGUGAUUCAUUCGCUAAGAGAGCUGAGAUGUACUAUAAGAAGAGACCUGAACUUGUUCAGAUGGUGGAAGACUUGACCAAAUCCUAUCGUUGUUUAGCUCAAAAUUAUGAAAAUCUCAGAUCCGAUUCUUUUCGCUUCACCAACCCAGAGUUGUUUCCUUCGUCAAACUCCUCCUUCAAUCAAGUUAAACAACUCCAAAACUCCCUCAAUCAAGUUCAACAACUCCAAACCUGCCACCAAGAAAAGAUUAGAGAGGACUUUGAGUCCCUGAAAACUGAGUUAAUGUUAAAUAACUCAAGAAAGAUGAAACUAAUAGUCAAUACUCAUGAUCAUGACGAUGAAAAAGUCAACAACGAAGUAAGUAAUGAAAUCGAAUCCAGUAGUGGUGGUGGUUCGAAGGUUGAUGAACGUCAAACCAUGCUUUUCUUAGAAAGGGAGAAGAUGUGGAAUGAAAUGAGCUUGAGGGUGUCAAAACUAGUGGAAGAUAACUUGAAAGAGCAGGAGCAGUUGAUUAAGAGAAAUGACAAGAAGAGAGAAGAUAUUGAACAACUUUAUUCUGAAAUCAACAGGCUGAUGGAUGAGAACAAGGCUUUGAAGAGUUGUCAAAGCAGCUGCCAUACUAAUAAGGUUGAUAUUGAUAAGAAGCAAAACCAAACACGUCGAGCUUCAAUAUUUAAAAAAAUUUCCUGCAUAAGGUUCAAGACUUGA